CGCUAGCUGUAUUCAUUAAGAACUAAAAAGUGAAAUCUCAUUAUAACAAAUUACAAAAAAAACGAAGAUGUUCAACAGAAAGAGUUUAUGGAGUUGCAGCAGCAAGCUAUAUACCAAAACCUAUCAGGCAAUUAUUAUGCAUUACUACUGAAUUCCAGUGUUUAGCCCAGCCAAGCUAAGUAUCUCGUCCAAUUGGACAGCAUCGGAUACAUGACGACUGCCAUGUGGCAACUUCAUGCUGGCGAAAACACGAGCGAAUGUUAGGGUCUGAAGCGCUUUGUGUAUCUAUCUGCUUUCAUAUAGCUGUACAAUGUGUUUGAUUGAUAAAUCGAAAUAAGUAGUAAAACCACGCAUAGUGGUUCAUCAAUCAAAGCACCAAAAGGUUGAUAAGCACAGCCACCUUUCUUUUGUCAAGAAGCAAAAAAAUAAACAAUCAUAUCAAAGGAAAAAAGAAAGAAAACAAAAGAAGGAAGAAGCAUAUACCUUCAGCUUUCAGAAAGCAACAUGUAAUAUUAUAAUGCUAGUAUAUUAAAGGUAGAAAAUUCUGACCAAUGGCAUGGUAGAUGUGUUCUGACGCAUUUUGUUCAACCAGUGAUAGCUUUGACACAGCUUUAAGAUGUACUAAUCAAGCAGGAAAAAAAAUGUCUCUGUCUGAAACAAACAAGAAAAACCCUCCUCUCAACUACACGGCCAGUGCUCUGUAAUCUGUAUACUGGUCCUGUCCAGUGUUAGCAGUAAUUGGAUUAACUAGCUUGUAAAAGUAUGGACUCGGUAGUAGUCCAUUCAAAAUAUUGUUCAUUGUAACUUCGUCCUAACUCAAGACUUCUUAACUUUCAAGCAAAUUUAUAGAAAAAUUCAUCAACAUCUACAAUAUCAAAUUUGUUUAUAAACUUCUCCAUAAAAUAUGUCUUAAUAGUGCAUUUAUUUGAACCUGUAGAUGACAAUAUGUUUUUGCAAGAACUUGGCCAAAGUUAGAGAAGCUUAAUUUAGACAAAGCUAAAGUAAAGUAUAAUUUGGAAUUUUAACCUACAGAGAAGCUUCAAGAAUGUGAAUUUACCAUAAGCAAACAUUUGUGAAGAAAUUCAAAGCAAAGAUUCAAGUAGAUUUAUGGAUAAGAAAAAAUACAUCGAGUGUAAACAAAAUCAACUUUUAUGAUGUACUGUAGUUUAUAUUAACAAAAACCAAGAAUAUAACCUCUACCUCUGCAAAUUCCAGACGCCAAAACACUGUAGAAGUAGUAAAAGCCGUUACGGAUUAAAGCCAAGCGAAUAGGCUCAAUAAAGCUGAUGUCCUAACAUGCACACCUAUGAAUUUGCAAUACAAUAUGAGCACCAUGAGCCAAUUAAAAAGCUACUUUAUCAGUUAGAAUAUGAGGGCAACCCAAAUGGUGGAAUAUAGGAUCUUUAUAGGGAGCUCCAAAUCACACCCACCACAUCAGCUGGCCACCAAUACCUCCCCCUCUCUUACCUAUAAAUGAGAGGCAAAAGCCACCAAACUAGUAGGCAACUAAGACAAAGUGGCGUACUCUUCUCUGUACUAGCUUUCUUCUUCCUCCUCCUCUUCCUCCUCCCAAACAGACUGGAUUUCAUCAAGAUAAUCCUGAAACUGGAGCCAACAAGCAGACAGAGAAAGAAGAGCAAGAAGACCGGCUCCCAGCCGAUACACGGUAGGAGUGAGCAGCGUUAGAUCAGUUUUCAUCACAGGAUCGAUAUGGUGACAGUGAGAGAGGAGACUCGCAAGGGGCCAUGGACAGAGCAGGAGGACCUGCAACUGGUAUGCACUGUCCGUCUGUUCGGUGAACGUCGUUGGGAUUUCAUUGCCAAAGUAUCAGGUUUGAGGGGUGGGGAUCCACAAAUUAGGGCUCAACCGGACAGGCAAGAGCUGCCGGCUGCGCUGGGUCAACUACCUCCACCCUGGCCUCAAGCGUGGGCGCAUGUCUCCCCAUGAAGAGCGACUCAUCCUAGAGCUGCACGCUCGGUGGGGAAACAGGUGGUCCAGGAUAGCACGCCGCUUGCCAGGGCGCACUGACAAUGAGAUCAAGAACUACUGGAGGACACACAUGAGAAAGAAGGCACAGGAGAGGAAGAGGAACAUGUCUCCAUCGUCGUCCUCGUCUUCGCUGACUUACCAGUCAGGCUACCCAGAUACUCCAUCAACCAUUGGAGUUGAGGGACAGGAGCUUCAUGGUGGCAGUGGCUGCAUCACAAGCAUCCUGAAGGGCACCCCUCCGGACAUGGAUGGCUAUCCCAUGGACCAGAUAUGGAUGGAAAUUGAGGCGCCACAGAUGCCCUCGGAGGAGAGCUUUGUUGGGGGGAACCAUAAUGUGUGCAGCAGCCUUGCCACCCCGCUGCCACCACCAACUGUCUGGGAAUACUACCCAGAUGCCUGCUGGAAGGUUGACGAUGAGAUCAAGAUGGCAACACAAUUUCAAUUUGGUUAUAGUGAAGGAGUUGGGCCCUGCUUCUGAUGCCAUAAAUAUUGGGUCAGAUUACUAAGUUAUACACCUACCUAGCAGAAGUGAAGUGCUUUUGUAGAAACAAGCUUUAGCAUGGAUCUGAAUAUUUAUCUCCGCGCUUAGAAUUGCAGGUCUAUGGAUCUAUGCAUGGUUGCUAUGUAUCUAUCUAGUGUGCAAGACAAGAUUAUCUUAAUUUGUCCUUGAUGCUAUGGAAUACAAGGGCAAAGGUACUAUAUCUGUUUACUCACAGUAUAAUUAGCUACCCUUUGAGACU